AUGUCAGCAGACACAUUUGUUAUCAGUAGGAGGAGGGCUGUUAAAACGCUCCUCAGAUGUCCUCAGGACCUGUCAGUCAGCGAAAGACUUCACCAGCUACAAACAUGAUGCUGCUGCUCCUGCUGCUCUCAUUUACAAGUGAUGGCAGGGCUCAGCGCAUAUUUGGACAGAAAGUCAACGGGUCGUGUUUGUGUGAGGUGAACACCACCACAUGGUCCUUCCCCGUGGUGAAGUAUGAGGGGGUGUUGGAGCAGGUUAAUUCCUGUGAAGGAUCUUUGAAUAAACUCCAGGAACAGGUGACGUUGUCUGUCCAGCGCCUCCCUCAGAUUCAGGCUCUGGUCAACAACGUGACUACUCAGCUGCAGCCAUACCAGUAUCUGCAUGACCAGGGCCUAUACACCGCCCUGUCCCUGCGCCUGCUGGGCCAGGAGCUCAGUCAGCUGGAGACAGACAUCGACCACCUUCACAAAAAGUCAAAAAGUGCCGAAACAAGGAAACUUUCCAUCGAGGUAAGUAAACUGCGUAAAGAUGUGGUUAGGAUAAAAACAUCAGACACAGUGAACAUGAAAACUGUCAAAGAGAAACUGCGCUACCUGAAGAACAGGGCUGAGUCCUGCAAGUCAAUCCCCAAGGAUUUCAGAGGUCAGAACAGGCACUGCCUCAAAGGCCUGAUCACCAAGAUCAGCGACCCUGUCGUGACUACGGUCAAUCCCCUUGGUAAGAGCUACAUCUCUGGUUCAUGGGGGAAGCAGACGCAGAUGGACAGUGAGGGGGAGAAGCAAAGCUACUGGGUUCAAACGUUAGUGGGCAGCCACAACUGGGGCAACACUCUGCGCGUCUAUCAGAACUACGAGAACUUUAUGGCAUCAGCCAACUACAAGGACUAUACGUUUGCUCCAUCGCACUCCGAUGCCAAAACUAACGAGGGUCCCAAUGCCGUCCUUUACGGGGAGGCACUGUACUACCAUUGCUUCCGCUCCGCAGACAUCUGUCGCUACGACCUCAAAGGCAGUAAUGUCCACCGGGUAACGCUUCCAGGAACCGGCGUGGGGUUCAACAAUAAGUUCCCGUAUUGUUACUAUGACUGUCGGGCCUACAGCGACGUGGACGUGGAGGCAGAUGAGAUGGGACUUUGGGCCCUUUAUGCCACUGUCUCCAAUCACGGGAACCUAGUCGUGAGCCAGCUGCUGUGGGACAGCGAGGCCCAGACACUCAAUGUCACCCGGACGUGGGAGACGAGGCUGUUCAAGAAGGCGGCGAGCAACGCUUUCAUGGUGUGCGGCGUGCUGUACGCAACCCGCUACGUGGACGAGUACCGAGAGGAGGUGUUCUACGCGUUCGACACGGCCACGGGCAAAGAGGACAACUCUCUGGCGCUGCCACUGGAGAAGGUGGCCAAAGGAGUGGCCAGUCUCAGCUACAACCCCACCAACCGGCAGAUAUACAUGUACAACGACGGAUACCUGCUGGCCUAUCAGGCUUACUUCUGAUCCAAAGCUGUUGUAAUCGGGCAGCUGCAGUUUAUGUCCAUGUCUAUGCUAACAGCUAAUAGCAGACCUAUAAAAUGUAAGAAUAUAUAUCUAUCACUAAA